AUGGUCGCGUGCCGCCGCUCAUCCCGUAGGCUGCGAGACCUGGUGGCCGCGCCCCGGAGGCCGUACGCCGGCGACUGCGAGCCCCCCGCCGAGCUGGUGGCUGCGCCCCAGCGAGCUGCGCGUCUUCCUCCUGGUGGCUGCGCCCCUCGGCGGGCCGCGCCUAGGCGAGCUGCGCCCUCGGCGGCCGCGCCCCAGCGAGAUCCGGCGGUGUCCGCAUCCCUGCGCCCGUCUACGACAUCCAGCGCCGUCCGCGUCCCUACGUGCGUCUGCCACAUCCAGCGGCGUCCGCACCCGGCGGCGUCUGCAGCUGCGCCCCGCGGCAGCGCCUGCGCUCGGUGGUGGCACCCGCAUCUGCGUCCGGCGGCGGUGCCCGCAGCCGCGCGCGCGCCCACGGCAGCUGCAUGCGCGUGCGCACCAGCGGCCGUGCCCGUGCGUGCCGCGGUGGUCGCGCCGGUCGUGCCCCGGUGGCCGCGCCCACACUCCCCGCCAGAAGAGCACGCGACGUGA